UGUUGUUGAGCUAUACUGAAUACUAACCAAGUUUUGCUUCGGAUUAGUUGCGUUUAAAAAAAAAUAAUGAAGUAUGCGGUUAUCUACGUAUGGAGCUUUUCCAGUAUUUUAUUUUCUAAUUUUGUCGUAUUCAGUUCUCCUCCCCAAAAUUUUAUGACAAGUUACUUUUAUCAUUUACAUACCAUCAACGAAACGUUGUCUAGAACAUUCUCAUUGUCUCUAACUUCUCCUACUAUGGGCUGCAUGCGCCAGUGUCUUAGAAUGGGGGAUAACUGCAUCGGGUGGAGAUGCAGAGAAACACCAUCUGGUUGUGACAUUCUUACAGAUCUUCCAGGUGUACAAGAAACGGAGAACCUCGAGUGCAUGUUCCUCAAACCUAUCAAAUGCAGAAAUGAUAGCUGUUUGCAUGGAGGUGAAUGUUAUAACAUGCCCAUUCCGAGCGUCUUGUCUGCAAUGGCUUAUGUGUGUAGAUGUCGCUGUGGUUCCUGUGGCCCUCACUGCGAGCAACUGAACUUUGGUCGACAUGUAGGGAGAGGAAUUGUCAAAAACAACAUAGGGGGCACGACUUCUGCAACGCCAGAGGCUUGCCAAGAGGAAUGUUUGAAAACGCCGGCAUGUCGCUCUGUGGAUUACACCAGCGAAGAAAGUCAGUGUUUCUUCAAUGGAGUCAUACACACUGACAGCGGCGCACAACUUGGUGAAUUUAAGCAGGUUGAUUAUUACUAUCCAAUCUGUAAAUGUUAGGUAGCUUAUUUGAAACACGUGUAGGCCCCACAUACUAACUAUGAAUUUCAUAUAUGUUUUAUUAUGCUUUCUCGAGUAUCCUGUACCGAUAAGAGAAUGAAACUGACCACUCUUGAUUGGUCAGAAAUAUGUCCAAACUCUAACUGCCCAAAGUAAUCAAGGGCCCGGAAAGUCAAAAUAAAGCUACCAUUCUCCAAGAAAAGUUGUUUUUUCCCCACAAACUUCUACAGUUAGUUUUCCUGAUAUUUUCACACUUAACGCAUUAUUAAUUUAGUCUAGCUCUGAUUUUAAGAUACACAAAGACAGAUAGUAUGAGGUAAAAAGCCAACAACAACUCGUAACUAAACUAGAAGCUUAUGUGUACAAGAAACUUCGACAAUUGGGUCGUAUAACUAAAGUUCUCUUCUACACGUGAGAUCUCAAGUAACAGAAGUUAAUCAUUUCAGUGCUUUACCGUUACUAAUUUAAUUUUUCACAGCAUAGAUUUUAUUUAG